AUGCAGCUCUCUCGCCACCUUACCUUUACCCAAAACCUCAUAUCAGGUGCUGUGCUCUUCUUCACAGUGGGCGUCUAUCUCGCCGUCCUCGGCCUCGGCGCCGGUGGUGGCAAGCCCUCGUCCCAGCGCGUCAGUGACAUCUCCAACAGCUCUCUCUAUGGCAUCUACGCCAUAUUUGGCUUUUUCACGGGCGCCAUUAUGAACAAACUCGGCCCGCGCAUCACAAUGAGUAUUGGUGUCGCUGGAUAUCCCAUAUAUGUUGCCGGCCUCUUUUACUACGAUCGCACUGGCCAUGACUGGUUCCCGAUUCUCGGAGGCAUUCUCCUGGGGCUCAGCGCACCCAUGUUGUGGUGCACUUCUGGCUUUAUACAAUGGGCAUAUGCGACAGAGCUCGAAAAGGGCAAAUACAUUGCCAUACAGUACUUCAUCAACCAGACGGGCAGCGUUGUGGGAUCCGUUGUGGCAUUCGGCAUCAUCUACAACAACGCCGCGUCGACGGAAGACGGCAGUCCGACCAGCGUCUAUAUUGUCAUGAUUGUUCUCAUCUGUCUGGCAUUCCCCCUGACUAUUUUUGGACUUGUCAGCCCCAAGACUGUCCGCAGAAAAGAUGGAACGCCUAUCGCCAUUUUCCACAAUCUGUCUCUCAAACAGGAGCUACAAGGAGUCGCCAGGGUCCUGCAAGACUACCGUGUCAUGGCUAUGCUUCCCGUAAUAUUCAGCUGCGAGCUAGUGCUUGGAAUCCUUCCCUCUGUCAGCGGUCGAUAUUUCAAUCUACGGACCCGUGCCAUGAACAACAUCAUAUUCUACCUUGUUCAGCUCCCUGCCUCCGUGGCUUGCGCCUAUCUUACAGAUCGACUGCCAUUUCGCCGAAGCGUGCGCGGGUAUAUAUCCAUCGGAGUUCUCGGCGUUUUCGUCUGUAGCGGUUGGAUUGCCUUGCUGGUCUGGGUUUCUGUGUCUGCCGCUUGGGCGUCGCCGCCAAAAGGAGGCGUUGACUGGACAGACUACGAAUUCCGUGGGCCCUUUGUUCUCUAUCUCCUGUUUGGAAUUAUAUACGGCUCUCAUCAGCAGAUUGGAAUGUGGGUCAUGGGCUCUUUUACCAAUGAACCGACUGUUCUAGCCAUUUACGGUGGCCUUUGGAAAGGCGUCGCUGCAGGCGGUGUCGCGGUCCAAUUUGGAAUGGCGGCUGCUGAAGUGUCUUACCAAGCUCAGAUAGCCUUUGCUCUUGCGCUACAGGCCCUCUCCAUUCCCAUCAUGCUUAUUCUUAUGAUGCGGGCUCGCGAGACGAAUUACACUGCAGAAGCCGACGUCAUUGUCCCUCAUUACGCGGAAAAGAUUGUGGCCCAGUCUAAGGUCGACGAUGUUGAGCUAAGCUGCGAUCGCAGACGAACCGAGCCGCAUACCGUCGCCCUGGAUAUUGUCGUCGCCGUCGUUGUCAUUCACUUCGUGCCUGAACAGACAUGUGCUUAA